GCAACAUUUUCAACCGGUGACAUCAAUCAUGUAACACUCUAACGACUUUUGCGGAUGGCAACGUGGAAAAGCCAUAAACGUAAUUCUAAUUUCUAUCCCAGGGGGGGAAUCCACGUCCAAGAUUCCAACUACUAAGGCAGAUCUUUUGAAAUUUGAUUCUUGAAACCGACGACAUUUUCAACUGCUGUUCCUCAAUAUAAAAAAACUUCCUUCUCCAUGCGUUCUUCUUCAGCCUGCUCUUCUCUUGUAUGUCUUUCUAUUCCUGCCAGUUUUGCAUUGGGUAAAGUUUUUGUGUUUUACUGUUAAGGGAAUCAUCUUUGGGAGACUCCUAGCUUUUGGCGAAGAAUCUGUUUGUAGGGGUCUCUGUGGCGGCCUACUUUGGUGUCCCAGGGUUGUGGGUUUUGAAACACUAUUUUGAUUGAGGGUCCUUGCAUUUCAGAUUUUCUCAGCCAGCAAUUUCCCAUCGUAACCCCAAGGGGUUGACUAAAAUGAUAAGGACCUUGACCUUUGUGGUAGUCCCAUGAGGUCUAAGGUUCGAAUCUUCUUAGAUGCAAACAAUUUCUUGGGGUCAGCCCGCCGGCGAAGCCGGAGUAUUAUCCAAUCCGUGUAGAGAGAGCGCUUUACACGGGUCCGAGGUUUACCUGAUAGAGGAUUUUUCUGGUAUACUUUCCUUGGUUACUCUAUCAACUGAGAGGGUUAUAUAUAGGGGGCUGAAAAUGUAUGUGGUAGAGAGCAAAGGGGGUGCCAUUUUAUGUAUGCUGCUUGCCUUGUUAUUCUUGGGCACAUGGCCUGCUGUCAUGACUCUCCUAGAAAGGCGGGGUCGACUUCCUCAACAUACUUACCUUGACUAUUCGAUCACAAAUCUCUUGGCUGCUAUCAUUAUUGCCUUAACGUUUGGGGAGAUAGGCAGCAGCAAACCUGGAGUGCCCAAUUUUUUUACUCAACUUGCUCAGGAUAACUGGCCCUCUGUUUUGUUUGCCAUGGCGGGUGGAGUGGUGCUCAGCAUUGGUAAUCUAUCUACACAGUAUGCCUGGGCUUUUGUUGGUUUAUCAGUGACAGAAGUGCUCACUUCAAGCAUAACUGUUGUUAUAGGCACAACCAUGAACUACUUUUUGGAUGACAAAAUCAACAAAGCUGAGAUUCUUUUCCCUGGGGUUGGUUGCUUCUUGAUUGCCGUUUGUCUUGCCUCUGCUGUUCACACAUCCAAUGCAGCUGAUAAUAAAGCAAAGCUCAACAGUUUGUCAAGUGAUAUAGCGGGAACGGAGGCUAUGGGUGUUUCCAAGUUUAAAGAAACAACUAGAAAAGAUGUUGGAGCAACGGAUCUUGAAGAUGGAAGUGGUUCUGCAGAGAAGGCCAAAGUUGGGACUGCAGGUUUCCUCAUAGAACUUGAAAACAGACGAGCGAUCAAGGUGUUUGGGAAGAACGCUUUCAUUGGUUUGGCCAUAAGUUUCUUUGCUGGUCUCUGCUUCUCUCUAUUCUCUCCAGCAUUCAAUUUGGCAACAAAUGAUCAAUGGCACACAUUAAAGGAAGGGGUGCCUCACUUGUCUGUCUAUACUGCAUUUUUCUACUUCUCAGUCUCUUGUUUCGUCAUCGCCAUCAUUCUAAACAUCACCUUCCUUUACCACCCCGUACUAAAUUUACCCAGAUCAUCUCUUAAGGCUUACCUGAGAGACUGGAACGGCCGAGGCUGGGCCCUUUUGGCUGGGAUCUUGUGUGGGUUUGGGAAUGGCCUCCAAUUCAUGGGAGGUCAAGCUGCAGGAUAUGCAGCAGCAGAUGCUGUUCAGGCACUUCCACUUGUGAGCACCUUCUGGGGCAUACUUCUCUUUGGAGAGUAUCGAAGAUCAUCUAGAAGAACAUAUGUAUUGCUCAUCAGCAUGUUGUUUAUGUUUAUUGUAGCUGUUGCAGUUCUUAUGGCAUCAUCAGGGCACCGAAAAUAAGUAUGCAGCUAAAAGGUUCUGGAAAUUGCACAAAGCAUAAAUGAUAAACAUUAAAAACAGUUAAUAAAGUUGUUGAUUGGUUGAGAUACAAAAUAGCCAUGUCAAGAGUAGAGGGCAUUCCCAAUAUAGUCAUUGGUAAAAGAGGACAACAAAGAGGGGUUAGGGGUGAUAAGAUAAACAAAAAUAUAAAUUAAAUUCUUAAUGGAUCUGUGUCAGCAUGCUGUGGUUGAUAUAGGUACUGUCAAUAAAUGUAUUUGCUUAUAUUUUUCUUUCAAGUAUGUGAAUUGCAUAAGUGUAUUUGAAAAUGUUCACUGUUUCAACCAGUAAAUUUCUUUCAAGCAAUUUGGGCCUUAUGAUAAUGCUUUUUCUUCUUUAAAUCA